AUGGCCGACAUCAGACGCCGAAUUCGGCGUAUUCGUAACCGCAUCGCUGGUUUGCCGAUUCCGCGAGUUUUCCAGGACCGAACCAACCCGCUGGAAGUGAUGUCAGAAUUAGAGGUUUUCAACCGGUACAGAUUCCGGCCACCCUCUAUCAUACAGCUUGUUGACAGGGCGUACCAAUCAAUGGUCCGGCCGACGAGUCGGUCAAAUCCACUCCCGCCACUUCUAAGUGUGCUUGUUACACUGCAGUUUUUGGCCACAGGCACCCACUAUAUAGUAGUGGGUGCUGUCCAUGGGAUUUCGCCUUCUUCAGUAUGCCGGGCGGUGAAAGGUGUCAUCAAGUUGUUCGCCGAGAUCGGUAGCAGGACCAUAGGAUUUAGAUCGGAUGUGGCAGCAUGCAAAGCAGAAUUUUAUCGAAUAGCAGCGUUCCCGAAUGUGAUAGGAGUUAUCGACGGGACACAUAUCAGGGUUCAGGCUCCGCAGGAAUAUGAAGGGGAUUAUGUUAAUCGGAAAGGGUACCACUCCAUCAAUGUUCAAAUGGUUUGUGACUCGAGCUUUCGGUUCUUGAAUGUUGUUGCAAAAUGGCCGGGAAGUGUCCAUGAUGCCAGGAUUUUUAGAGAGUCGGAACUUUGCCAACAACUUGAGUCAGGUGCUUUGAAUGGAUAUAUUUUGGGUGACAGCGGCUACCCCUCAAAGCCGUACCUGUUGACACCAUACCUGGCAACCAGAAGCCAAAAACAGGAGAGGUACAACAGAGCACAAGUACGAACGCAUGUGGUGAUUGAGCAGUCCUUUGGGAUCCUGAAGAGGAGGUUUCCCUGUCUGUCUUAUGGACUUAGAGUGGAGCCUGAGAUUUGUUGCACAAUCAUAGUGGCAUGUGUGUUUCUGCACAAUUUCGGAUUGAGUAAUGGGGACACCUUGGACUCAAAUGAUGACUUUAAUGAUGACCAGCCAGAGGUCCAAUUGAACUUUGAAGGAACAAGAAAUGGUCUGCUGUACAGAGACAUUCUAGCAGAGCAGUACUUUUGA